UUGCUUAUGCCCUGUCAUUAUCUGCAUCUAAAGAUCUCUCUAAUUUACUCAACUGUAGACUCUGCCUAACUGAGGACUAAAGCUAUACAGUUUUCUCUCUCUCUUUGUUCUUGGCAAAGCACACUACUAAAGUGUGAUUCAUGGCAGCAACAAAUGGGUCAAUCUUUGCUUCUUCCACUAAACCAUUUCAGACCACACCGUCCAUUCUCAGCAGCAAAGCAAGUCCAGCUUCAAACACACUUGGUAGCAGUUUUAAGGGUUCUUCAUUGCCCAAAUGCCCUUUAAAAUGGAAGAAAGUUGUCAAAAGCAGUGGAAAAGUUUGUGCCGCUGCAACAGCUGUUGCAACAACUCCAGUAGAGGAAGCCAAAGAGUUCACACUUCCCUCAUGGGCCAUGUUUGAACUUGGAAGGGCCCCUGUAUAUUGGAAAACCAUGAACGGUCUUCCUCCUACGGCUGGAGAAAAGCUAAGGAUUUUCUACAAUCCAGCUGCAAAGAAUCUUGUUCCAAAUGAAGAAUACGGGGUUGCCUUCAAUGGAGGUUUUAAUCAACCUAUAAUGUGUGGUGGUGAGCCAAGGGCAAUGCUUAGAAAAAAUCGAGGCAAAGCGGAUUCCCCAAUAUAUUCCAUCCAAAUUUGCAUUCCGAAGCAUGCUCUGAACUUAAUUUUUUCAUUUACGAAUGGAGAUGAAUGGGAUGGUCCUUACAGAUUACAAUUUCAAGUUCCCAAGGGUUUCAAAAACAAACCAAUUGAAUUCUUCAACGAGGGACUUGCCGAAGAGCUGAGUAAAGAUGGUGCUUGCGAAAGAGCAAUCUUUCCUGAUUCGAGCAUUGUUGUGAAUAGAUGUACCAUCAUGGGAAAUUUGACCGUUGAAGGAGGUGAUCGUUGCAACCUUGAUCUCAGACUGGGAUGCACAGAUCCCAGCUCACCUCUUUAUGACCCGAAUGCCAAUGUAGACGACGGAACAUGCCCAAUGGAUCUGGAUUCUUAGUAGCACUUUGUAUUGCAGUACUAUCCCCAUCUCACUCGUAAAUAUGUCGCGGUGUGUAAAACAUAUAUCGUUGUAUUGUGUCAGUCUCUGAAGGGUAUAGUGGAAAGCUACUGAGAUUGUUAGCACUAUAUCAUAAAUUUUUAUACGGACUACAAGCCAUAGAUGCAAAUUUCAUCCGUGCUAUUUAAGGUAGCAUUGUUUUU